GCCAGGCGGCAGCAGCGUGACUCAAUCUUCUCGUGUAUCAUUUCGUACCUGAAAAGUUCAUUUACGAAAAAUCAUUUAUUUAUUUCGAAUUAAAAUUAAGUACUCUGGGAAAUAAUGGCUCUUCACGUUCCUAAAGCGCCCGGUUUCGUUCAGAUGUUAAAAGAAGGCGCAAGACACUUCACCGGCUUGGAGGAGGCGGUCUUUCGUAAUAUUAGUGCCUGUAAGGAGUUUGCACAUUCCGUUCGUUCAGCGUAUGGUCCCAAUGGUAUGAAUAAAAUGGUAAUUAACCAUUUGGAAAAGCAAUUUGUAACCAGUGAUGCUGCGACAAUUAUUCGAGAGCUUGAUGUGGAACAUCCAGCAGCAAAGUUAAUGAUUUUGGCUAGUGAAAUGCAAGAUGCAGAAGUUGGAGAUGGUACAAACUUUGUCAUUAUUUUGGCAGGUGCACUACUUGAAAGUUCCGAAGAGCUUUUACGAAUGGGUGUGACACCGACUGAAGUUGCGGAAGGAUAUGAAAAAGCUUUAAAGAAAAGUUUAGAAAUCUUACCAUCCCUUGUUUGUUAUAAAGUCAACAACUUUCGUAAUGUAGAAGAAGUUAUAAAAUGUAUUCGCACAUCCAUUCAAUCUAAACAGUAUGGAAAUGAAGAUUUAAUUGCAAAUAUGGUUACAAAGGCCUGCAUUUCUAUAUUACCAGAAGAAACUACGUUUAAUGUGGACAAUGUUCGCGUGUGUAAAAUACUUGGGUCUGGUUUGAAUAAAUCUGAAGUUGUGCAAGGGAUGGUCUUCAAACGUCAAGUCGAAGGAGAAGUCACCAGUGCAAAAAAUGCUAAAAUUGCGAUGUACAGCUGCGCUGUCGACAUUAUGCAAACGGAGACAAAAGGAACCGUACUUAUUAAAACGGCAGAUGAAUUAAUGAAUUUUAGUCGUGGGGAAGAAACUUUACUAGAGGCUCAAAUUAAAUCAAUUGCAGAUACUGGAGCAAAAGUAAUUGUGGCUGGUGCGAAAUUUGGUGACAUGGCUCUACACUUUAUUGGAAAGUACGGUAUGAUGGCAGUUCGACUUAAUUCAAAGUUCGAUUUACGUCGUUUAGGCAAGACAGUAAAUGCAACUGUGUUACCUCGUCUAUUACCACCUACCUCUGAAGAGCUGGGUUAUUGUGAUAGUGUAUCUGUAGAAGAAUUAGGCGAUACUCCAUUAGUGGUUUUUAAAAUAGAAGGUACAGAGUCUCGAAUAUCUACGGUCGUUGUGCGAGGUGCUACAGAUAACUAUAUGGACGACAUAGAACGAGCUAUAGAUGAUGGUGUGAAUACAUUUAAGUGUCUAACCAGAAAUGGACAAUUUGUGCCAGGUGCUGGCGCAACGGAAAUUCAGUUAGCUCUCGAACUUACCCGUUACGCAGAUACAUUGCCAGGAUUAGAACAAUAUGCUGUUAGAAAGUUUGCAUCAGCUCUUGAAAAUUUUCCCAAAACAUUGGCUGAUAACAGUGGCCAUCGCGCAAGUUCUGUUGUUGAUAAACUUCUUCAAGCCCAUCAGUCUGGCAAGAAAAACUUUGGUGUUGAUAUUGAAUCUGAAAACUCUGUUUGUGAUGCUUUGGAAAAUGGAAUACUGGAUUUAUACGUAAGCAAGAUGUGGGGAUUGAAGUAUGCUGUCGGUGCAGCGGCAACUAUACUGCGAGUUGAUCAAAUUAUAAUGGCAAAAAGAGCAGGUGGUCCAAAACCACGUCAAGGUGGCGGCGAUGAAGAUGAUUAGCUUAACUUAUAACAUGUAUUUAAUAUCUGUAUUGAUUUUCUAAUAAUUUAAUUGUAUUGUUCCAUAAUUUUGAUAACAUGUCACUUGCUUUAUUAUAAAGUACUAAAACAUA